CCUAGUAAGUUUGUGUAUCAAUUCCUUUGGAGCAUAUUGCUAUCGACUCAUGGAGAACACACUUGUGAAUGUAAAGAAAUGGGUAAAAGAAAACAAAGGUGCUUUUCUGCCUCCAGUAUGCAAUAAGCUUAUGCAUCACCGACAGCUCAAUAUAAUGUUUGUUGGUGGACCAAACCAACGGAAAGAUUACCAUAUUGAAGAAGGAGAAGAGUUGUUUUACCAGCUGCAGGCAGACAUGUGCCUGAAGAUAAUAGAAAAUGGAAAACACAAGGAUAUCCACAUUAAAGAAGGAGAGAUGUUUCUUUUACCAGCCAGGAUUCCACAUUCUCCACAAAGGUAUGCAAACUCUGUGGGACUGGUCAUUGAAAGGAGAAGAUUAGAAACAGAAACUGAUGGACUGAGAUAUUAUGUUGGAGAAUCAACAGAUGUCCUUUUUGAAAGAUGGUUUUACUGUGAGGAUCUUGGUAUACAACUUAUUCCAAUAAUUCAAGAAUUUUUCAGUUCAAUGCAGUAUCAAACUGGAAAACCCAAUCCAGAUGAAAUCGUAAGAGCAAUUCCUUUCCCACUAAAUGAUGUCACAGUCAUGGAUCCUUUUUCUUUGCAAGAUUGGCUGAAUGAUUACCGAGAAAAUAUAGCUCUGAAACAAUCCUUGAGUCUUUUUGGAGACAACUUUGAAACAGAGGUUAUAAUAUUCGGACCAGGAAUAACUGAAGAGGGAGGAAAGAAUGCAGAUAUAUGGAUAUGGCAGAUGGAAGGUGCAUCUUUUGUUACUAUUGAUAGAAAAAUCCUGACUUUAAGGGCCGGAGACAGCCUUCUUGUCCCAGUGCAAACUAAGUUUCACUGGAUGAGAGAUGAAGGAUCCAUUGCUCUUUCUGUUGUUCAGAAUCCGGAGAGGAAGAGACCCUAUGUCUGAGUUUGGUAUCCAUAUUCUGCUCUCAAGAAUUAUUAAUACAAUUCUCUUUAAAUACAAAAAGUGUCUGUGUUCUGCUCGUUUUAGAACUUUGAAAAUAUAAUGUAAAUGUAUUUCCUGGAACUGAGUGCAACUUGAGUUGUAUGUGUGUGUAGAAAUGCUGCCUAACCUAAAAGGCAAGUAUGUUCAUAAAUGUUCAGGACAUAACUAUGAAUAAUUUGUAGUCAUGAAAGUUAUAUAUUAUGCACAGAACCAGAUGUUCAUUACCAAUAUCAGCAUCUUAGUAUAAACAGGAAGCAGUGCUAGUAUGUUAUAUCUCACUUGUGGUCUCACUGGUGUCUGGUUGGUUACUAUACGUAGAGACUGUUCUGCUCCAGCAAAGUCUUUCUUAGAUUCCUGUCAAGGUUGAGUCAGCUUCCAUCCUUCUGAGGUCAGUAAAAUGAGGACCCAGAUUGUUGGGGCAAUAUUCUGACUCUGUAAACUGCUUAGAGAGGGUUGUAAAGUACUGUGAAGCAGUAUAUAAGUGCUAUUGCUAUCCUGGUUUUUUGCAGCUGUUUGCAUCCAGAAAAUUUGCUUUAAAGUUCAGAGUUACAGACUUUUUAAAAUGUGCACAGUCCACAAUGAAAUUCUUUGUCAUUACAGAGGCAUAAAGAGAAUAAAAUCACUAUUGGUAGUGUUUUCCUUAUUUAAACCUUAGGAAGAAAUGGGAAAUUCAGACCAUUCUUUGAAAAAGUGAAUGAAUGAUGAAAGGUGCUGUUCUAAGUCACAUUCAUGGCCGCUUAUUUGGGAAGCUAUAAAUGGGGAUUGGAUGGGUUCAUAAAAGAUUAAUUUAUUCUGAUGAUUGCAUGUUAUCUCCAACAUUAGAUGGAGCAGGUUUGUUCUUUCAUAAGAUUCUGAUACACAGUAAUAGGCUUCUAUCAGUGGACAGAAUGCUGAGAUCUUUCUUGACAGUGCAAGAAAUUUUGCCUCUGUAAAAUAAGUUUGGUUGAAUGAAAAAAGAGCAAAAUGGAGUACAGUUAUCUCAAUGAAUCUCCAAAUAAGUCUCUGCCUCUGCAAAAUGGCCAGCAAAAUGGCCAGCAUACAAUAUAAUGAAUGAAUCAAUCAAUGAAUCAAUGAAUCAAUGAAGCACAAAGUAGAGUUAAAACUCCAUAACCAACAGCAUCUUCUUCCUCUGGGCCAAGAUCAAAGAGAGAUAUACUUGGAAGAGCCAUCCAUCUAAAGCCUAUCCUAGGUUUUGUUGGAACCAGAGCCAGUUUUAUGAAGAACAUGUAAGAAAUAACACAAUUCAGGAGCCAAAAUAGCAUCUUUCCCUUGCUGUGGGCUGUAUUUCAUACCAAUUGUUCAAACUGAGCCCAGAGGAAAAAGAAGCUAAGCCAUCAUUCCAAGAUGUCUCUAUCCCCAUUUAUCCCUAAUAGCCUGCAUUCUCAGUAUUAUAUUGUAACUCAGAGAGUUGCAGUAGAAUUGGGAAAUAAAUGGAUUUGGUAGAAAGUGGUAAUGAAUUGCAAAGCUAGACAAAAAGGCUGAAUGUUAAAAACUAAUUGCUCAGGGACAUGUAAUUGGAAAGAAUCAGAAGUAGAGGGAACAGAACAGACAUAAAUAAAUGUAAAGAAUUCAUGGGAAAAGCUACAGGUUUUUUUAGUAAAUAGCAUUAAGCCUGCAAGGAAUUCAGACUUGAGUACUUCUGAAAAGGAAGAGAAUUCUUUUCCUGAAAAAUUGAGAAAAAAGCUAGGUAUUGGAAAGGGUACUGUAAUGUAUUUGAACUUUAGGAGGGAAAUUUGGGCGGGAACAUGCACGUUGCUGAUUGGCUGAUGCCUCAGCCAAAAUACUAUUUAAAGAGGGGUUUUGCCUGUUGGCUUUUGCUGG